AUGGGCAUCAAAUCCGAUCUUCGAGAAGCCCUUGAAGUCGUCGCUGAUGGCGUUUUUGCCACUUCGGGUGACCUGCCAGACGCAGUCAAUCCAGGCCUUUCAAUUGAAGGGCUUGGAGGAGUCGGCCUUCCCCUUUCUCAACGUGACGCGAUUGAGAUAUCUCGCAUAAGUCGAGACGCGCCAUUUGGCAAAGGACCAGAGACUCUAGUCGACCAUUCAGUUCGCAAGACUUGGGAGUUAUCACCUGCUCAAAUUAGCUUUCUGAACCCGCGAUGGCAGCGCACCGUCGAACAUGCGGUGGGAAGGGCUGUGGAGGAGUUGGGCGUGAUCGGAGGAGUCGCGAAUGUUAGAUGUGAGUUGCAUAAGUGCCUGCUUUAUGAGCCUGGCGCUCACUUCGAGGUGCAUCGCGAUACGGAGAAAGCGCCUGGCAUGUUUGCGACGCUUGUCAUUGCUCUGCCGUCGCAGCAUGUCGGAGGUGAGGUUGUGUUGGAUCAAGGCGGUCAAAGGAAAACACUAUCCACGCAACACUCCAGCGCCUUUGGAUUUUCCUAUCUUGCCUGGUACGCGGAUGUGAAUCACGCUGUCCAGCAUGUAACAUCUGGCCAUCGCUUUGUCCUAACGUAUAAUCUGGUACACCACGAAAGACCUGUAGAAGAAUGUCGCGAUCCUGCUGUCAUGGAUGACCCUUCUAUCAAGAUCGACCAAGCGAUCGAGAAUUGGAAAAGCAAAUUGGAGAACCCAGCAGAAGAUGCUGAAGAUGAGUCGGAUUCGGAUGAUUCGUCCUCACCAGAGUAUGAAGAGAAAGAUAAUGAGGGUCUUCGCGCUCGAGAGCAGCUCGUGUGGUUCCUUGACCAUCAAUAUUCGGAAGCAAAUUUCCAUAUCGGUCAUUUGAAAGGUAGAGAUCGGGUCAUUGCUCAGUAUUUGCAAAAUGCUGUUCAAAGAAUUGGUUUCUCUUUCUUCUUAGCACAUUACGAGCACCAGAUGAAAGAAUCUUACAGCAGCUACAGCAAUGAAGAUGAUACAUGGACAUUGACGAAGGUCUUCACACCAGAGGGUGUAAUGAUUGCCGAGAACCUCUUUUCUCAUCGCAAGGACAUCAUCGAAGAUAUUUCGUACGAGGACGAGGACCCUGAUGACGAAGAGUGCGACUACACAGGCAACGAAGACUGUCCGAUAUCGCAAACUUACCGGCGAAGCUGUGUCUUCUUGACGCCCCCCGUUCAUGAUUCUCAAAUAUGGAUGGAUACCUACCAAAUUGAUUUUGCCACAUGGAUAACCUUCUUAUUACAGAAAAUAUCGGACAAACAGAGCGAAGGAAUUUGUAAAAAUCAGCUAUGGAGCAUCUUGCAUCUUGCCUCAGGAAAACACUUGGCUCCAGAGGAUAUAGAGGCGUUGAUUGACGCGGCAUCACAUAUCCAGGCACCAGCCCUGUUAGGCGAGUUUGUAAGCGGAUCUCACUACGAUUUAGAUUCAGUUAUUUGUGCCGAAAUUGGUUAG